AUGCCUGGAAAAUCACAUGUGGUCAUUCUUAAAUUUCAAGAACCUCCUCAAGCUCAAGCUCAAGCGAAUCUUCUUCCUAUCUUCUCUGGUUUCAUUUAUGCCUCAAAUGAUGUAGACAACAAUAUUGCUCAGAUUCCAUGUAAGGAUAUAUAUUUUUCAGUUUUUCCAAAUUCAUGCUUUUAUGAAUUAAUUGAUAUCUCUUUAGAUUUUGGUGUUGUGGGUGAUUUUAAGAAUACUCCUAUUUGGGUUCGAAAUAGUCCUUUAGGCAUUGUACCAGGUCUAUUGAAUGCGGCUGGUAAUUAUAUUUCAAACGGAGAAUAUAUUAAUAUGACAAGCUCUCAUAAAUCAUCCGCUGUACUGGUUACAGCAUGGUCAUCGCGCAUUGUUUUUGUGGAAGUUAUUUCAGGACAAGACAAUCUUUUGCUUAAUAAUAAUAAUGCAAGGUAA